AUGAUGCAGCAAUUUGCGGCGGUGAAAGCCAUCAUCGGGACCCUCCAGGAUGACACGGCUCGCCAACAUGUCUUGACGGCACAGCUUCACAGCUUGGAGCAGCAGCUCAAGGCGAUGGACUUGGGCAACGAAGACAUGGAACCCCUCAUGAAGACCAUCGCCGACUCCCCUUUCUCCCCGGGGCAAAAAGAUCAGCUGAUCACCAUCGUAUCCGAGAAGAUUGCAAAAGCAGCUGCUAGCAAGAGGACGAAGAAAUGCACUCAAGAACUGCCUGAUGUUGCUCCGUUCCUCUCGGAAGACGAUGUCAGUUGCCUGAGCAAUCCCGAUCUGAACGUUCUCGCAAAGGUCACACGGCUGAGCAUGGUGUUCUCUCGAGUGGGGUGCAGCAACCCAACCGAGCAGUCAUGCGGGAGGGCCAUCAGCUUCCUCAAGCAACACAUGCAGGUAGCAGAAUUGGGGGAGCCGGGCGAGUUCUUGAAGUCUGUUCAAGACUUUAAGGCGGCAUUGAAAGGACAUGUGAAGAAGAUGCUGCCUGCUUCAGUGCAUGUCCAGACAUUCAGCACUCCCGACCAGUUGCCAAAGGACCUGGCCGAACGUUGCUUCAAAGACAGCCCUCAGGCUUCGGUGCGAAGUGGCCCAGUGGGCAUCACUGGACCCGUGAGGAAGUCGCACAAGAGUGUUUCGCCUUCCACUUCUGCCAGCUCGUGGCAGCAUCAGCCGGGCAUGUUCCCGAGUCAUAUGUUGCCGAGUCAUGUGCCGCUGUUGCCGAGUCAUGGGCAGCAGUUUAUGACGAUGCAGCAGAUGAUGCAGGCAUACAAUCAUAUGCAGCAGCAGUGGAUGGCACCGCCAACCCCGAAGUCCCAAGGCUUGCCGAACCUCGUUCUGUUCAAUCAACCGGGGCAGCCUGCAGGACAUCAGAGUCAGGGAAAGCCGACCGAUGCACAGAUCGUUCCUUCCAACCAGGCGGGGCAAGGACAUCGAUCGGAGCCGCAAGGACAUCAAUCAGAUCCGCAUGGGCAACAGCAGCAGAUUGAGAACUGGGGGCUGCAGUCCGAGACCACCAACGACCAGAAUAAGCCGCCCCUGCAACCAGCCGAGCAAGCUAAUGCAAUGCUGGCGGCAUGGGAGAGUCGCAAGCUGGAAUCGGACAAGGGCCCGGCCAUGAAGAAGCCGUCUGCUGCCGAUGCCGCAACUGCAAGCAGCUCCAAGGCUCCGUUGGCUAUGUUGGGCCGCAAGGCAUAUGUGUCACAACACGGCAUAGAGAGUGUGUUGACAGACUUAAAGAAGUCUGGGUUGCUUGCCGACGACGUUACAUCUUCCAGAAGCUCCAUCAAGCGAGCUCGGGAGGAGGACCUUGCAUCUCUUACCGGUGUUUAUGGGCCCUUGGUGCAGAAGAUGGAGGUCCCGGUGGAGGGCCAGUGCAACAAGACGGUGACGGUGCCAUACAUCCACCCGGCUGCCUUCCUGAAGCACAUCUUCAGUCUUGCUCCGUUGUGGGAAUUUCUGCGACAGGAGGUGUUGCCACACAAGGAGACACCAUCCUAUGCUCGGCCAUGGGGUCUCAUUUUCUAUGCUGAUGAAGCAUUAUGGUUUCCACUGACCUGCCUACGGUCGCACCAUUGUUCUUCCAUCGGCGGGUUGACGUGUUUGUGGCGACUCAUGCUUCGACUGUUUUUCACAGAUCACGACAUGCGAAAAGGCAUGGUGGUGGACACUCCGGAAGGAGACCAUUUCCCCAUCUUCUUGGACUUGAAGAUCUUAGUCGCAGAUGAAGCGGCCAUUAAGCAGUCCAUCGAGGGAAAAGGUGCCUCAGGCACCGUCUUCUGCUGCCGAUGCAGCAAUGUCGUUGCUGCCAGAAGCACGGUGAGUGACAUGCGAUCUGAGUUCGUGUCCAGCUUGUGCACUGAUUAUUCGAAAUUUCGUUUACACACCAAUGCCACGACUCGGGAUUUCCUGGCAUUCUUGGAUGCACAGCAUGGCACUGUUAGCAAAGCACAGUUCGAGGCCUUGGAAACAGCCCUGGGAUUCAAUCUGCGAGUGCACGGGUUGCUCAUGGAUGACAUCAUAGGACACAAGGUGCCUGAGGCCAUAAUGUUCGAUUUUUUUCACAUCUACCUCGUCCAUGGCAUCGUUGGAAAUGAAUUGGGCUGCUUCUUUGCCGAGCUUCGCGAUGCAGGUUUCGGCGAGGAUCGACUCAUGGAUUUUGUGUCCAGCUUUCGGUGGCCGAAGCAGUUCGCUUCACCCGAUGCAAAAAGAGUUUUUGCAAAACGGGAAAAGAAAACAUCUCCUGUGAAGGCUGAGGCUUCUGAGCUCCUCAAUGCUCUUCCUGUUUUGCGAAUCUUUAUCUUGAAGUUUGUCAUGACAACAGCGAUCAGCCCGGGCACGGUCCAGGCAUGCAUGUGCUUCCUGAUGCUGUGCAAGGUCGUAGACAUGCUUCAUGAUGCUGUGCGAGGACGUGCUGUUGACCCGGCGGUCCUUCACGACACGAUCGUGAAACAUUCGAACUGCUUGCUAGAGACCUAUGGCCAAGAUAUAUGGGUUCCAAAGAACCAUAUGUCACUUCAUCUAGGUGAAUUUCUUGCAAAGUUUGGCCACUUGGUGUGGUGCUUCACCCACGAGCGAAAACACAAAGUCGUCAAGCGGUUUGCGAACCAAAAGCUGGAUGGCUCCAGGGGCUUCGAGGAGAGUGUCCUGAAGGAUGUCUUGGCAGUGCAGUUGAACUGCAUAUCUGCAGAGCUUCCAUCCUCAAAGGUGCGGCUUAUGAACCCCAAGCCGGCCCCGAAGAAGCUCGUUGAUCUCGUGGGCCAGGUCAUGCCAUUUGCAACGGGGCCCAUUUUGCAUGAUUUGCGGGCCAUGCAUGCCGGCGGGUUCGUUUGCACAAAAGGUGAUAUCGUCGCUUUGGAUGCUACGACUGUGGGUCUAGUGCAGUUUCACUUCCAAGCUGCAGGCCAAGUCUGGACUUGUGUCACACCAUGGAAGCAUGUGUACGAGCACAUGUUUGAAUGCACAGACCUCGACCCCUUUAUCACGACAACGGACAGCAUCAAAUCGUGCUGCAUCUAUUCGGAGAAGGAUGGCAAAGCGAUCGUUUUGGUCUAG